GUCGCGCUGCGCCGGCGCAGUGUGGCUACAGACGUGACGCGCGCCACCUCCCAAUAUCUCUACUUAAUGGCCGGUAUUUUAUCGAGAAUAACGUAAAGCCAAUGUACUCAGUAAAAUAAUUCAUUGCUAGCUUUCAGUCGGAAAGUUUAAAUAAUGAAAAUGAAUGAAUAACUUUCAUCUUUUAUUGAAUUAAAAUGAUGUGAGAUGGGGUACAAUAUUAAUAUCCAACUAAUAUAUUACUUGGACAAUGAAAUGAGACGAAAUUCCUAUCUAACGAACCGGCUACGCGUUCAACGACGACAGUGAAAUAUUAUAUAUUUUCUCUGAAAAUUCUUCAUGGCGCGCAGUCGGUCUUAUGCCUAGUUGUAGAUUUGCCGAUCGACCGCAUAAGACUGAAUAUACCGUGGAACAAAAAUGUGCUUCUUAAAUGUUUUACGCCUACAUGUGUCUCAAAGUCAAAGGCAAAAGCGUCUUUAUAAGCAAUAUAUGGAACAAUUGGCAGGAGCAUACGUCGAGAGAUGUCCCGAAAUGACAAUGCACUGGGAUUCUAGGUACAACUACAGGAUGCCAAGCCCUGAAUGGCGUUAUUCCUUGCCGUGCGACGAACGAUUUUUCGAAACAGAAGAACAACACGAUCUAGCUUGUUGUUUAACGGAGUGCUCUGAUAGCGGGCGGUGUUCUUCGCCCUGCUGUUCAGAAGUGAUAUUUAAUGGUGGGCAGCAUUUCAGUGGGAAGGCUGGCCAUGUAUGCCGACGAUAUCCAGUUUGCUAUCCUGGAAAUUUCGGGAGCGGUCGUUUAGCUGUCGAGGGCUGGUGGUGUGGGCGCGCGAUGGCGGGCGGGCGCGCCAACAACGGUGCCUUGGCGCUCCACUACGCAGCAGCAAGGGGCUGCCUUGACUGCGUGAGGCUUCUAGCCAACACUACACCUGAUGUUUCUGCCAACACGGCUAUGGACAAUGACGUCACGCCGGUCUACCUCGCAGCGCAGGAGGGACAUCUCGCUGUGCUCAAGUACCUCGUCCUCGAGGCCGGAGGACGGUUGGAUGCGCGCGCGCGAGACGGAAUGCUUCCCAUACACGCUGCUGCACAGACUGGUUGCUUGGACUGCGUCAAAUGGAUGAUCGUAGAACGUGGUGUGGAUCCGAAUGCGAGAGACGGAGAUGGCGCUACGCCGCUCCACUUCGCAGCAUCACGCGGUCAUCUGUCGACAGUACGUUGGCUAUUACGUCACGGAGCCCGACUACACUUGGACCGACACGGCAAGAGCCCUAUCAACGAUGCAGCUGAGAAUCAUCAUUUAGAAUGUUUAAACGUGCUGGUAGCUGCUGGUGCGGCCGGUGCGGACAACAAACAAUUAUCAUCGUACAAAGCGAUCCAUUCCUGCGCAUGCGUACCUGGGGAGGCUAGAUGUGCUCUACAAAACUGCAUCAACGCAAAUGGGACCCGAUCCCCAUUCUAUCUCCACGCCCCAGAGCGCGAGAGACGCAGCUCACAUGAACGAAGAGGAUCCUUAUCAUCAACUGUGGGAUCUAUCAGCUCGGCCAGAUCCGGACCAGCCGAUGGACUGUACGUCAACCCAAUGCAGAGAACUUCAGCCACGAGCGCAACGAAUCACAGUUCUUCUGGAGAGGAGAGUUCCGCUUGUUCAGCAUCAGAAGCUGAAACAGCCAACACUGGAGGCUGGUUUCUUCACAACACCAACUCGAACGCCCCAGCAGCAUUAUACCAGCGAGUCCGGGAUCUGUUCCAUUCGCGUUCACCAGGUCCACGAGUCCCGGCUGAAGGUCAGGAGGCUCCUACAAUGACUGUAAAAGCAGAGGUCCAUGGAACAACAGAAGUGACUCAACCACAGGAAAAUUCAGACAGCGACAGCGGAGCCGAAGCGACCCGUCGCGACCAUCACUACGAAGACAUUUAUUUGCCACGAGAAGAACACCAGAGAAGAAGGAGCAGUUCUCGUGACUCAGGAAGUCACAGCAGACCUGGAAGUGCUGCCUUGAUAGUUGACUACGGCACCAAAGAGAACAUUGAAACUACAAACAAAGCUUACGAAGAAGUAUCUCCACCAGCACCUGACAGUCAAACGAAGUCCACACUAGCAACCAAAUUAGCAGCGCUCACCCACAAAGCUCAGAACUUUGCUAGUCGCAUAUCGUCAGCAGCGGGCAGCCGUCGAGCAUCAGUUUCCGAGGAACCCAUCGUAGUCCAAGCGUCCGCUUCAUCCGGUGUGUCAUCAGCUGGAUCCACUGGCACCAGUUCUGGUGAUGAAGCUCCACCUCCGCCUCCACCGCCUCUCCCUCCAGUGGUGUUGGAGGAACCAGCUCUCAAGCCAUCAGAAUUAAAAAGUAGGCUGGCGGGGCGGCGCGGCUCAGCGGCAUCGGCAGACGACGAGCGACCGCGCGCGCCCAACCUCGUCAACAAGCAGCCCGCGCUCCCCUUCGUGCCGCCGGCCUUCCCGAACAACGCGCCGGACCGCCUCAUCAAACCCUCGGAGUAUUUGAAGACCAUCACGGCGCCCUGCAAGCGCGACGACGGCGCGGCGGAGGCGCGGCCACCGCCCCCGCCGCCCGUCCCGGACAAUGUGCCGCCACCACCGCCCCAGCCACCCUUGACGCACCAGCCCCUGGCAGCCAUCAGCAGCGCUGAACUUACAGCUGUGAGGCUAAAGAUGACGGCUACUAAGACGAUGUCAGCACCACCGCCGACGCGAUCCGUCAGUCUCCAAUGCCUACCCAGUGCAGCAGAUUUCAGAAGCGCAAAGACGGAUCUGAUCGAGGAGCUGAAGAUGUCGAAGGAUAUCACUGGAAUAAGGAAGUUGAAGGUGGAACGAGCGAGACGGGAGAGCUUGCAGGAUAAGGAGACGUUCACGGAGUUCACCAAACGAUUCACGGCGGAGAACUUUGUCGAUCAGGGUUUUUCACAGAUCCCAGAACGAGACACGGCUGGCAACAUCAUACCCGCGUGGAAGCGACAGAUGCUGGCACGGAGAGCUGCUGAGAAGGCACGGAAAGAUCUGGAGAGAGAGCUCGCUGGAGAGGCGGAGAGACGACGAGCUGCAUCGGUGCCGGCUUGGAAGAGGCAGUUGCUCGCUCGGAGGGAGGAAGCGGAGAGUCGUUUGAGACAAUCACUGUAUACUCCUAAAGUUGAAGAGACAAAUGACACAAUGAAACAAAACGUAGACUGGCGCGCGUACCCCGGCUCGCAGCGCGCCGUGUCCAUCGACAACAUUUCGCUCUGCUACGACGCGCCCGCGCAGCCCAUGCGAGCGCCCUCCGAAGUGAAACUCUCCUCGGAACAUUGCAAUGGUCACUCCACCCUAAACGGUCACCGCGAGAACGAAGAUGAAAACGCUAAAAUAAUCCCCUGGCGAGCUCAGUUACGUAAGACAAACAGCAAACUUAAUUUACUUGAGUAGGUUAAUUAUUGGUAGAAAUGGUAGGAUUCGUAUAGGUCGCUAGUUACAAUAAACUUUGGUUUUUUUAUAAUGGCAACGUUGUAAAAUAUAAUCACUAUAUUUUAUCCGUUGAAAUUAACAUUCGAAAUGUUGUAAUUUUGUCUAUAACUAAUUUCGAGACGAUAUUUUUUUCGAUCUUUAUUUCAAAUGAGUGUUGCUAUACUACGAUGGUAGAUUUAAUUUUUAUGCCUUAGGAAACUAAAGUGUGAAAAUUAUAACGACAUUUCAUAAUAAAUUUUAUAAAAUUUACCUUAGUUCUAUCACGAUUUUUAACUUUAUAACUUUU